CUCAAGUGCCGGGUGUAGAAGGAACAGAGUGAUACUAAAAAGUUAUAUCUGUUAUGAGAGAAUAACACGGAAUUUUGGCUGGAAGGUGCAACAUGGACCGAACCGCAGCGACUUUGUGUGUUUUUAUUACGUGGGUUGGUGUGGCCACCUGCUUACACCUGCACUCACCUCAACCCUUCUCAGCCGAAGCGGAGUGUCGAUGUCUACCCUCCACCCACCACUGUCGCCUUGAAGUUCUUGCUCUGUCUGUAGUCUCUGCCUAUUCACCUGGAAUCCCAGCUUGCAUGGCUGGCUUCAGGCUCUGUUGCAACCGUGAAUCUCCAGAAUCACCUGCCCAAAACCCUGUCAUUACCGAUGCUAGAGGAAACAUGCUGGUGAAAAUGCCACCCAACUAUAGACACCGUACUCACGUUAAAAAUCCAGGCCAUAAGGUCUUAGAGGACACAACAGUACCAAAGGAGGAGACUGGAGGAGUUCCUGGGACAGCAGAUGAAGGAACACAAGAAGAAACAUCACAAGAUGAACCCAGUGCAGGAGAAGAAGAGAUGGCAAAAAGCAAAGAGGAUGGAAAUUCUAGGACUGGAAUACAUGAUUUGAAGCACUUGUCUAAAAUAGAUAUUGAAGCAGGUUCAGGGGAUGAAAUGGUUUUACCUGGAAAAUCUAUUAAAGUGAAAGAAAAUUUGGGUGCUGAAGACAAGAAAAUAGAAAGUUUAAGUGAUGAAGAUGAGACUCAUAUAAUGUUUCAAAACUUCUUAGACGUUACAGAUAGUAAAAACCUAAUGUUGGAAACUGAAAUUCCGUAUACGGAUUACCCCAAAGUACAAAAUAAUUCUGACAAACAUCACAAUGAUCUCCAGACAAACUCUGCUACUCAAGAUUCUACCGAGAUAAACAAGAUACCACAAGAUUCCCUCGUCACUGGAAUGGUGGAGAAUCUGCUUCACACCAAUAUGAAUCGCAAAGGAAAUCAAAACCAAAUUCAAGGAAGCUCACCUCACAAAGAGCAAAUAGAUGACUCUAUCAGCAAUGAAAGAAUGCUGGGAAAACACAUAGAGGGAGAAACCCAUGCUGGUAUGAAAACAGAACCUAAUAUAGAUAAAGAAGGAAUUACAGUAACUCCCAAUAACAUCAAAGUUUCAUAUCUGGAAGACCCUGUGGAUGCCCACAAGGUUGGAGAAAAGUCUGAUGACAUGGCCAUGGAUGUUGAGGUUUCCCAUAUUGCAGAAAAAGCUCUAGAGGAGUCUCUUGAAAGUGGAAACAGCCACGGGAGUUCUGUUGUUGAGGGCGAGAUUUUAGAAGCUUUCCGGAAUGCAACAAAGGACUCAGAACAUCUUCAAGGCUUGGAUAAACUUCAAGAAUCUUCUGGUGGCGGCAGAGCACAUGAAUAUAAGGAUGAGACAAAGAAAACUGUAGGUGAUUUUCAUGAGGCAAGUAUAAUUUUACAAGAUUCUCAACAUGAGAAUAAGAUAUCGUCUGUUUCUCCGAGUGUUAAUAAAACGCCUGAAGAUUACUCGGGUACUAAAGAGGAUCUUAUGGAGCGCCAUGAAGAACAAAAGAUUGUAGAAAAUAUUGAAGUUUCAAAAACUUUCCAUGAUUCAAAUAAGACAUCACAUGAAUUUCAUGAUCUUGGCAGCAUUCAAGAGGAUUCUCGUGAUGCAAAAUAUCCUCACCCUGAAGAAAUGGCUUUCCAAGAUCCUGAUGCAACUGAGAACAUCUUUGUAAGCUCUGAUAUUCACAAAGAACCUUUUACAGAGGAAAUAAUUAACCCUGAAAUAAUCAGGACUCAGUCUGUAACACCAGGCUUUGAAAUUGAUCAAGCUUCAGAUGAGAGAAUGGGAGGAUUCGUUGAUGGCACUCACAGACAGAAAGGUGACACCAUAUUUGCUUUCACAACACCCUCAUUUCCUGAUACAUUAGAGGCACCUGAAGUAGAUUAUCGCUUCUCUGGCCACACCCCUUCAAUAGACAUGCCUGAAGCUACGUCACCAGCACCUAUUAUUACGCUAGUCGCACCAGAGCUUCACUUUAAUAAAGAUGAUGGUUCAGUUCCACAAAGUGAGAAUGAUGAUAAACAGCAGAAAGACAGUGCUGUACAGGAUGAAGACUUUAGCUCUUCAAGUGCGAGAGACAACCUAGAAAGUUUGACAACUCUAGGAACGGAUGUAAAUACCUUCAGCUCAGAUAGACAGGAGUUCUCUUUCAUCUUACAAGGACCUGAGGAGAAUAAAGCACACAGAACUACUAUAUGUCCUAGCCUUCCAUGUGAUACUCCAGGAAUAAGGACAGUGACAACAAAAACACCACAAGAUUUGUACAUGGAUACAAGUGAUGUGACAGAGACCGCAAACCUUGCACCUGGUAAGGAAGCAGCAUCAACUCCCCCUCCUGUUGUUAUUCCCAAGACCCUUCCUCCCCUGCACUUGAAUUCCGAGGAGGAGCUGAGGGCUUUUUUGCUGUCGCUGGAAACUCUUCCCAAAGCUGGUACUUCUUCAGCUCCUCAGGGGGACGUCCUUCUAGAUGUUAAAGAUCUAAAUCAAGGGAAAAGCACAAGUUACCUGUCUUGGUUGUGGGGGUAAUUUUUUUUUUUGUCUUUGUGAUAAAAUGACCCAGUUUUUAAGAAUGAGAAUCUCUCAUGUUUAAAAAUAUUUAAAUUAUUGUGCAACUUGCAGUAAGUUUGAUGUUAGACAGCAUUGCUUGCCAAUGACAAUUUUUUUUAUUAAUGUACAGUUGACAUUUAUUGUCUUGAUUUUAAUUAUUGUAGGUAUUGUAUAGUGCUAUGUAUGAAAUACACUUAGAAAUAAAAAUCAAAUUUGAACCAUAGACACCACAAUGCUUUAAGCCUGUCCAUGACCAUAGCCCUUAAAUAAGGCCAAUUAUGUUUUCAAAUUUUAACAAGGCAAUUACUGGUCUUUCAUAUUUCAGGAUUUUCAAGGUAGUUUAAAAUUGUUAGCUCCACUCCAUCUUGAUGAAAACACUAUUUGGCAACUAUUGUGCUAAGCCCCACUGCUUUGGAUUUAGUUACUGCAGAUGUAAUUUUUUUCAUUUAUUUUUUUCUUUGUUUUGCUGGGGAAAAAGUCCAUUUCAUUUUUAGGUUCAACUGGCUAAAUUGAAGCUACCCAGUUAGAACUACCUAUGCAUAUUUCUAUUUCAUGUCUCAAAUAGUGGAGCAUCACAGCUGGAAAAGUUACUCCUAAUAUAUGGAUGAACAAAAAAAGAAGAUAAAAAGUAAAUAUAAUACAUGUAUAUUAAAUAUAUCUUAAAAAGGACAAUAAUAGACUGCACACUGACUUUUUGAAAAUUUAGAAUUAUAUUUUGCUGAAGGUGAAUGAGGUAUGGAAUGAGGUAUUCCACUUGGUACCAGAAUUGCAAUUUCACACUCCAUUCAUAAAACAAAAAACGGAGGAGCCUGACUGACUGAACAGCACAAGGGGAGGGGCUACUGGGAGGCAGGAGUACGGCACAGUGGGCAUGGAUAAAUGUUAAUGUUAAUGUUUGAAGCAAAUAAAUGUGCUAGACAUCAAAGGUCAUAUAGCACUAUGAUAAAGUAUUGUGCCAGAAAGGGUAAAGAGGAGCUAAAGAUUAGGAUAAAAUGUAUCAAUGUCAAAGAUUAGAUAACGUUAAGUAUGGUAAUAAAAAGGGAUAGAGGAGAGUAAGUGAAUUAAAGCAGAGAUUAGUAGAAAGGGCAGGGUUAAGGGGGUAGGGCAAUUGAGUGUCACUGUGGAAGGUAUUGGAACAAUGAUCAAGGAAAACAGAUGGCUGUUGGAAAAGUAGGAGAAUAAUCCAGGGACGGGGGCACUGCUAAAGGAAACCUGCCAGGCAAACCCAAAUUUAUUUGUGGUGUCUCAUAUCUAGAGUGAAAAGAAUAUGAUUUGAUGGCUUGAUA